CUAAAAACAAAUAAAAAUCAGUAUGUUUGUCAAAAGUAAAAUUAUAACAAAAGAAUUGUAAAAAUAUAAAAAUUAAAUUAAGCAAUAGUGAAUAAAAUCAAAAAUACCUGCUGACUCGCCAGAUCGAUUCAAGGAAACAGUAAAUUGUUGUCCACAUUAUCAUUUUAUUAUUUUUCUAUUUCAUGAAAAAAUGGACAUUAAUCGGAGUAAUUCUCCGAUUCAACAAAAUGAGUCAGCUUUUCCAUAUUAUUAAUGAUGUUCGAUGUACCACAAGGGAAGUGCUUCCUGGUGUAUAUAUUUGGAAGAGAUUCCCGAAUAAGAAGAGCACCAGGAAGACGAAAAUUCAUUUGUAUACUCAGCUGUCACAACAAUGGGAGCGGCCAUUUUGGAUAGAGAGCGCUACGAUGCGCCGUGGCACGGUAGCGUUCUACUUUACCCUCCGGAUUCAUGAAAAAUAUCGACUCGUGAUAAAUUGAUUAUCGAUAAAGAAAGUUCUAAUUAAUUACUUUCACCGGGACUCACCUCUAAAAAGAAAGCGCACAAAGAGACGCCGACUAGCGUGACAGGUCAGCCAUUUUUAGUCAUUCUCAUUCUGGAAGUGUAGUAGGCGACAAGCCAGUUUUUCUUUUGUUGUAAUAAAAAUAAUAUUUUCGACAUUUAAUAAUUAUGUCAGGACGAGGUUCGCUACGGGGUAGACGUCGUAUAGACGCCAGGCGGUUGCUCAGGACUCGAGAGGAGGAUGAGGCGAGCGAGGUGGAGACUUGGGUGGCAGCCAGGUCCCUGACGACACGGGGAAGGCUUCCUUCAGAAGCGUCCUCGUUCGAUGAGAGGGACUUGGAUCAUAUGAUCCAAGUCAUUGCAAAUACCCCGACGGUGCGAUUGACAGAGGAGGAGGAGCAGUACCUCCCAAGGCUCGAAGGCCCUCCGGACGUAAACCGCCCUUCUCAGGCGGAGCCAAGAGCUCCUCCAACUUCAGAAGAAUGUACCACUCCUCGUAGCCGAGAAUGGUGCAUGGAACAGGUGAGGCAGCAGAUUGCCUCAAAAGCCAAAACCCCUACUUAUUGGGGCAAAACUAAAUUUAGAAGAGGGCGUUGUGGAUUCUGCCUCCAGACAGGCCACAAUUACCACUCUUGCCCCAAACACUACGAAAAGAAAAAUUAAUUAGGUCCAAUUAAUAUCAUUAAUUAAUAUGUACACCCUUGUGAGGGAGGGUAUGUUGCCCUCACUAUUAAAAUAGUACUUAACUACUUGACGAUUGUGUUAAUAA